UUAAUUAGACGGAGCCGGAAGGGAAAGGUGUGUGUGCAGCAAGAGGGAUCGGCGGAGCAACACGCUCAUCUGUUUAGCAACCAGCAGUUAGGUCGUUUAAAGUCCGUGUUACCGUUUGUCUGAUCCACCGUCCACCGUCAUCAUACCCUUCUGUCGCUUCACGUUCCCGGAUUAUUGUUUACAAAACUGAAAGGAGCCGGUCAUCUCCCAACCACCUUAAAAACCAGGACUGGAUUUUCAAAACCGACUGGAUUGCUAAAACUGACUGACAUUCUCCCGUGAAGAGAUGUCCUCCCAGGUCCGACUGCGGCUGCUGCCCAGAGCCAGAUGCAUGUUCGACGAGCCGCUCCAGGUGAAGGUGGCCGGGCUGAGGUCCAGACAGGUGGUCACCCUGAGAGCCAGAGCCACGGACGAGAAGGGAGUGAUGUUCAGCUCCAUGGCCACAUACGAGGCUGAUGGGAGCGGGGAGUUGGACCUGCAGAGAGACCCCUCCCUCAGCGGGACCUACACCGGGGUCCAGACCAUGGGCCUGCUGUGGUCCAUGAGGCCAGACACCUUGCACAAAAUGUUCACAAAAACAUGUUCACUGAACCCCCAGGUGGUGAAGUUCUCUGUGCACGAGGAGGAGGGCGGGAUGCUGGCGGAGGCGACCAAUGAGAGGCUUCUGGUUGGAGACGGGGUCAUCCGGCGCCCGGUGAAAGAUGGGAAUAUUCGUGGAGUCCUGUUUACUCCCCCAGGAGAGGGUCCGUUCCCUGCUGUGUUGGAUCUGUACACUUUUAGUGGAGGUUUGUCAGAGAAAAGGGCCUCUCUGCUGGCCAGCCGGGGAUUUGUGGUUCUGACUGUAGCGCUGUACGGCCACGAUGACAUGGCGAAGAACAUCAAAGAGGUCCAUCUGGAUUAUUUUGAAGAAGCAAUAGCGUUUUUAAAGAAACAAGAUAAGGUUGGCAGUAAAGCAGUCGGUGUUAUAUCCCUUUCUAAAAGUGGAGAUCUUGCCCUAUCAAUAGCCUCUAACCUGCCAGAUGUUGGAGUCACGGUGUGGAUCAAUGGCUGCUCUGCCAACACCAUGUUACCCCUCUACUACAAUAAGAGCCAGAUCCUCCCCGCGUUAAUGUGUGACCUGAGCAGGAUGAUUCCCACAGACUCAGGGGCGUUUAACUGCAAAUAUGUGAUGCAAAAUCCGCUGGCAGAGGAGAACAAAGCCACCCUGAUCCCCAUCGAACGAGCCAAGGGACGCAUCCUCUUCGUGGCUUCGGAGGACGACCUCAACUGGGACAGCAAGGCCUACAUGGAGAACAUGGUGGAGCGACUGCAGCGACACGGGAAGGACAACUUUGAGAGUGUGUGUUACCCCGGAGCGGGACAUUGCCUGGAGCCUCCGUACGGACCCUACUGCCCCUCCAGUUUCCAUGGGGUUGCAGGCAAGCCGGUCCUGUGGGGGGGGGAAGCAACGUCCCACGCAGCAGCUGAAGUCCACCUGUGGAGAAAGAUCCAGGAGUUUCUCAGGACUCACCUGAGCUGUGAUGCUCCGCAGACUAAAGCCAGAUUAUAGACAGAAAUAUCAUCAUAUGAUAGAUAAACACAUGGAUAACUGUAAAUAAUUGUACAGCGAAUCAUGUCAUGUUUGAUUUGAUGAUAGUUGAAGCACUGAGAGAAAGACAUGCUUAAUUUGUUGCCUUAGAUUUGUAAAUGUACUUAUCUAUGCUUUUAAGAAAGUGACAUGGCUGUGUGUGGAUGAGUUGAACAAUUGAGUUGAUUUUUAAAAUCUUUUUAUUGAUUUUUUAUUUGAUUUUUUUAAUCUUUUUUUUUUUUUAAUAACCAAUUUUCCUCCUGGUCUCUCGCACCCCCCUUGUCAUGCCUCUGCGCCCCCCACUUUGAGAACCACUGCUCUACAUCAACAGAAAAAUGUGGGAUAUCAAAUAAUUCUGGCCACUGUUUCCGUCUCUCCUGAGAUGACGUUGAGAGGAUAUCUGUGUCUGCUGUACUUGUUGUGUCACUCAAGAUUUCAUCAGAUGUUGAGACAGGUACCAGCUCAAGUAAAGGGAUGACUUUGAUUGUUGCUUUUUCUGGAAGUUCUUCCAUAUCUGUCAGAUUGCAUAGUUCAUAAUUGAAUUCAGGAUCUUUGAAUUGGAGACAGCAGUUGUAAUGUAGUCCCAGUGAUUCUUUAAUCUGGCUCAUCAAAUCCUCCACUGUAGCAGGCCUCAUAUUCAGGAUGACCUUUCUUAUAUCCUCCUCCCUGAGAAUGACCCUCAAGGUCAUUUUCUGGUGUGCCGUCAUCUUUGGAAUAAACAUAAUGAUUAGCUCAUUCGUAAUAUGCAUGUCCUCAAGAACAGUUGGUUGCCAUGAAAGAAAGCUGUAAAAUAUGGCCAUUUAGGCCUAUAUUUAGACUCCAGUGGGUGCCAUGUUGCUCAGCUUGAUUGCAGCAAUCACACUUGUAACUUUUAGCACAGAAUAUAACUCUUGAGUGUCACUAUUAAAUUGUCUCCAAAUCUG